AUGAAUUGGCUGUUCCCGUAUGCCGUGGGCGCGACGACGGUGGCCACGGCCGCGACGCCUGCACCCUCCGAGCCUGAUUGCCCGUCUCCGUCGUCCCCGGCGUUCGGCACGGGCGGCGCCGGCGCUAAUAAGGAAACAGAUUCGGGUUCCUCCUCAUCGGCGUCCUCUUCAUCGAGCGCCGCCGACGCCUUCAGUUUCAGCACAUCCGGGCAGCGGAGCCCAUCCACCUCAACCUCGGCGCUGUGCUUCGGCGCGGGCGGCGCCGGGAUGCGGCUGUGGAGCUCCAGCAAAGCCCUCGCGCGCGCGUCCAAGAUCCACGAAGAGGAGGAUGAUGGGCAGGCGUCGGCGAGCGUGGCGCCGAAGGGGGACGCGGUGUGGAGGUACCUGCGGUUGCGGAGGAUCUCCCGGCGGCUGAGGAAGGUCAGGGCCGCUAACAAGGAAUCGCCGGCAGCGCCACGGAGGGCCGCCGUCGACGACACGGCCCGCGAGCGCGCGGAGGCCGUGGCGAGCGCCAUCGCCCACUGCAAGGAGACACUCCGCCGCGGCACGACGCGGCGGCGGCGGCUACCCCCGCCGCUGUGCUCGCUUAGCCUUGACUUGUGGCUCCGCGAGAGGCAGGACGAGAUCAUUGCUAGCGCCGCCGCGCACUGCGACGACGAGUGCGGCGGCUCGCGGCCACCCGCGGCUGUCUUUCCGACUGCGCUUGCACGCCAUGCCCCAUGCAUGCGGUUGCCACCUAUCAUGGGACGCGAGUCCGCGGCGGCGGCUACUGGAACGCCGUCGUCGUCACAGAUCAUGAGUGGUGCGGUGGCCAGCAGGCAGGCGGAAACGCGUGGCAGCUUCAGCGAGCUGGAGUUUCUGGAAACCUUCGAUGGGGUCGAGGAGCUGAUCGAUCGUCACUUCAUCACUGUACAAAUCUGA